AUGGCAGAACCACAGGUGGCCUACGCCCAAGACGAGUAUGGCAAUCCAUUCAUUGUAGUGCGUGAGCAGGGAAAGAAAACGCGUGCACAGGGCACUCAGGCCAUCAAGGACCAUAUCCAGGCCGCUCGCACCGUGGCAAAUAUCCUUCGCACGUCGCUGGGUCCUCGGGGUCUUGACAAGAUCCUGAUCAGUCCCGACGGUGACAUUCAGGUGACGAAUGAUGGUGCCACGAUCAUGAGUAAUAUGGAACUAGAGCACCAAAUUGCCAAGCUGCUUGUGCAACUUUCCAAGAGCCAGGACGACGAAAUUGGCGAUGGCACGACGAGUGUGGUCGUCAUGGCCGGUGCUCUGUUGGAGCAGUCAGAAGCUCUGAUCGAUCGUGGCAUCCACCCUAUCCGUAUCGCCGACGGCUUCGAACGCGCUUGUGAGGUCGCCGUCAGAGCUCUGGAAAAGGCAUCGGACAAGGUCGAAUUUGACCGUGACCAUAUUGAUGAACUUCUAAAGGUCGCCCAGACGAGUCUCGGAAGCAAGAUUGUCUCAAAGUCUUCGAGCAAAUUCGCCCGUAUUGCCACAGAGGCCGUGCUAUCUGUCGCUGAUUUGGAGCGCAGAGACGUGGACUUUGAUCUGAUCAAGGUCGAUGGUAAGGUGGGUGGCAGUCUGGACGACUCCGUGCUGGUGAAGGGUGUCGUGAUUGAUAAAGACUUCUCGCAUCCUCAAAUGCCGCGUGAGAUCCGCGAUGCACGCAUCGCGAUCCUUACAUGCCCUCUGGAGCCUCCGCGCCCCAAGACGAAGCACAAGCUCGAUAUCAGCUCCGUUGAGGAGUACCGCCGCCUCGAGGAGUAUGAGCGUACAACGUUCCAAAGUAUGAUCCAGAAGAUCAAGGACUGUGGUGCCAAUCUUGUCAUUUGCCAAUGGGGCUUUGACGAUGAGGCGAACCACCUCCUCUUACAAUACGGUCUGCCGGCUGUACGCUGGGUUGGUGGGCCCGAAAUGGAGUUGAUUGCGAUUGCAACAAAUGGACGUAUUGUUCCACGUUUUGAAGACCUCACGCCCGACAAGCUGGGUCAUGCUGGUCUUGUCCGUGAAAUGAGCUUUGGCACGACACGCGAUCGCAUGUUGGUGAUCGAGGAAUGUGCCAAUACGAGGGCGGUGACUGCUUUCCUGCGUGGCUCUAACAAGAUGGUCAUCGAUGAGGCAAAGCGUGCACUCCAUGAUGCUAUGUGUGUUGUGCGCAGCCUGGUGCGUGACAACCGCGUCGUGUAUGGCGGAGGUGCUGCGGAAGUAUGUGCCUCCAUUGCUGUUGCACAAUCGGCAGACGAGAUUGCAUCGAUGGAGCAGUACGCUACACGCGCAUUUUCAGCAGCCCUAGAUGUCAUACCUUUAGCGCUCGCUGAAAACAGCGGCUUGGCACCCAUCGAGAGCCUGGCCAUGGUAAAGAGCAAGCAGGUGACGGAGAGCGAUGCUCGCUACGGCAUUGAUUGUAUGGGACGGGGGAACAACAACAUGAAAGAGUGCCACGUGUUCGACCCACUCGUAUCAAAGCGGCAACAACUGCUCCUUGCGACGCAGCUUGUGCGCGCUGUCCUCAAAAUUGACGAUGUCAUCGAGCAGCAUGCCCUGGAAGCCGAAAUGUAG